UAAGGGUUGAAGGGAAAACCCUAGCCGCCAUCGUAUUCUUUUUCUCUCUCCUAGUCAUCUAUGGCCAAAAAUGGUAAAAACACAGACGUAUGAUGCUUUAACAAGUUGUGUAUAUCCGGUUUGAGGAAGCAUUUAUUGUUUUUUGUGCAAAUCCACCGCGCAUCAACCAAACAAGGUAGAGUUUUGACCUUCUCUCUUGCUUUUUGAAUUUUAAGGUCAAAGAACUGCAAAUCCUUAAUGGUUUUUGUUGUAUUUGGUUUCAAACUCGCAAUUCCUACUGGUUCUCACAAAUUUACAAGGAUUCUAGAUGAAUCCCUCUGUAAAUCGAUUAGUCCCACAUUAGUUUCAAACAACUAUUUGGGGUUUUUUUGGGGUUCUAUAUAAAGAAUUUCAACCCUUCACCUUGAACAACGAAAUAUCACAUAUCACUUAAAAACUCAAAAAUAGGGUUUUAAAGGAAGUGACCGACUAGAAUUGGACGCUUCGACUUAAAUCUUAUUUUUUUGUGUCAAAAUUUUGAAGUUUUUGUUUUGUUUGUGGCUGAGCAUUGGGGUAAAGGAGCAAGGAAUCUCCAAAUCCAAUCUCGACAUUUGGCUACACGCAAAAAAGGCCACCUUCCUUCAACCAAUCUGUUAGGCUUGAGGAUCAACCCCUUUUCUUGAUCGAGUUCGAUGAAUAAGUGAAGCUAAUAUUACGAAGGCCCACCUAUGGAUAAAAAUAGGCAACUAGUGGGCUUAGGUAGGCCCACCAGCCUAAACUCCUCUUCUUUAUGUAUAUAUUUUAUAUGUAUUGUGUAUGUAUUGUGUAUAUGAACAAAUACUUGUGAUUAUUGAAACCCAAAUGCGAUUAGAACCUAGAAAAAAAAUGCAUGUAGUUAAAUAAAUUUUCAAAAAAUCGACACCGUUGCUAUAAGUGCGAAAUUGGAAAACCUUAACUUUCUUUUAUAAAUCUUCUAAGUACAAAAUCUAGAAAUUUAUAAGUAUGAGGAAACUAAAUGGAUUUUCGGGAACUAAACUGUUUUGGGCCAUAAGCCCAUCUUAUAAACCAGCAAUUGGAUCAUUGGGCCUCAAGUAAUUUGGAUAGAUUUUUUUUUUUUUACGACUUGGAUAAAUUUUGGAGUAUAUUGGAAACUAAACUUAGAUUUUUGAACAAGUAUAAUAAAUGGAUUUUUCUAACUGACUUUGAUUUGAGGGGGACAUUAGCCUUGUCUUGUAGAUGUCGAUCAACUCACAGUUUGACAUGGUUAUUGAUACACCAGAUUUGCUAUACAUAUGGUGGGGUAGGAUGUGUCAAGAAGAAAGGAAAAAGAUAUCUUGUCAUUUAGGAAACCUAACCUCUAUAAUGACAAUGAAGGGUUGUAGGGAGUUGAUAGAGGUAAUUAUCAGGUUUUGGGACCGAGAUUGGAUGGUUUUUCAUUUUGGAAAUAAUAUAGAAAUAGCCUCGAUUUUGGAGGAAUUGAAGGAUGUUAUAACCAGUGUUGGCUUAGGUCUGAAAAGAAGAAAGAAACAUGAUGACCAUGUUCUAAUCCCCGAAAAGCCUACCUACCACCAAAUACUCAAAAUUAUUUCCUUAUCCCAUGACAAUUGGGCACAUGGUCAAACUAUACCCUUUAGAGAGUUAUAUAAACGAUUCAGUAACCCAAGUGCAUUUGUGGAACACCCAGCCGAAUUCGAAACCUAUGCCAUGUGGGAAGUCACCCGACCCUUAGCCUUUUCCAUUUGCUUCUUGGGACUUAUGGUCUUUCCUAAAGAUGGAACCUUAGCCAUAGAUACGCGAGUCAUCUCAGGCACCCAUGCCAUCUUUUACGGCAUAACCCGACACGAAGGCACCAAAUACUUUUACUUAACCCUCAUCAUCCUAGCCGAUAUGUACCGAGCCCUAAGCCUUUGUACAAACCAGUAUAAAUACUUCCACGGAUGCAACCUACUCCUACAAUGGUGGAUCCUCAAACACAUGAUCAAAUUCAGACCAAACUUUGGUGAUCAGACCAAACAAAGUUGGACCUUAACUUUUUCUAGACUUAUGGAGGAUGGUGUGCAGUGGAUGUUUGAUGAUUUUGUAUCCGACACUGUUGUGGUCAAAGGCAGAAAGUGUCUGUUCCUGCCACUUAUGUGGAUUCGAGGGAUUCACCUUUAUGUACCAUCUAGUGUCUCCAGGCAAUUUGGGAGUACCUAAAUCAUACCCCAAGUUGGAAACAUGGGAUAUUCAUCAUUGACUAUGACGGUGAUAGGAUUCCGAGGGACGGGCAUUGUCAUCGUGAGUGGAACAGUCACAUAUCUUAGGGUCCAGACACUUUAGCUCCCGAUAGGUUUCAUCCGGGUUGUGAAAAAGAGUAUAGAGAUUGGUUGAGGGCUGACUUGCAAGGCAUUCUCACUCCUCCAAAGCCGAGAUCUGAGCUCUCUUGAUUCAAAUAAGGGCCGAUGAUAGGGAUGCUAAGUAUUUAGAGAAGAUAGAACGAGAAACUACCAUAACAAGCUUGAAGCAUGAGUUGGAGUUCACCCAUGACUGACUGACUAAGCUCGAUGAUCGGACGAAGAAGACUUUGGAUGACAUUGCCCCAAUAAGCUUCACAGAAAAGGGUUUCUUGAUGGACGUCGUAUUGACAUCGGCCCACCUCUACAUCCAGACAGCCCUCCGAAAGGCCAAGAAGUCAAGGACCGAUAGGGUUUCAUCAUCAGCUACUGGAGGAUACUUCUGCUGAUUUAUUUUUUUGUCUUUAUUUAUCUUUUUGUACCCCUUUAGGGAAGAAUAUUAUUAAUGAAAUUUAUGAUUAUGGGGAAAUGGUUUGGUACAAAUGGCACAUUUAUGUUUCAACUAUUAGAAAACCUUAGGAACGCGAGUAGCAUACUUAUUAAUAUUGCUAUAUGUGCUUUUGAUUGUUUCAUUUGUUUCGUUUAAAUGCUUGAUUGAUCUCGGGUACCGACCACUACCCAAAGAAAAACAAAGAAAAAACACCCAAAUAGUUACAAGCCCAUACUAACCUUAGCUACAUUUCCCCAAAGGUUGAAAUGGAUGUCGUGAACACCCAGGAACAUGUUGCCAUCAAAAGGGAAAGCGAAUGAUCGCUUAGUAGGAUGAUUCAAGACCUGGAAAGGAAAAUUGAAGCAAUCAAGGCCAAGAUCAAAGAGGCCGACGAGUUGAUGGACUCGGCGGAAAGCCCGCCCAAGGAGCCCACUGAGAUAGGGCAUCACCAAGAAGACAUUUCGGGCAAAGGGAAAGGGAUAUCUCAUGGGUACAUGCCCCUUUUUGAGGUACAAGAGGGUGAAGAUUAUGGAGUGGAAUCUGACCCUCAAUAACCUACUUAGCCAUUCAAAGCGGCCAUCUCUGAUGCCUCCACAAACCAAGUGGAAGAUCCUAAAGUACAAAUAGAGUUCGUUUGCUCGGCAUCGCCAACUUGGUGGGCAAUUGCACUGAAGGUUGUUGCUUGCCUUUAUCGCAUUUCACCAAAACACAUGACAUGCGAGGAAAUCUUCCAGAAACUUAAGAGUGUGGAGGCCACUUGCACUAGCCACGAGAGGUUGCCUCCCUGCGCUUCGAUUUACGCGCAUAUAAAGAUGCUUGUUCCACAAAGAACCACAAGGUCAUACCGCUGAUGAAUGUUUGGCCUUCAGAAAGAGAAUCGUAAGGUUGAUUGAUGAUAAGACAAUUCACAAGUUGUGGGGACCACAGUCCUUAGUGGUUCAUGACAAUGUCUCCCUGAAUGAAGGAAUUACUUUGGACACUCAUAUUUGGUGAUAUGAUUUCAACAUCUUUAAGGACUUGUACGCAAGUAUCUUCCAAAAAUUUGCAAGAACGAGGAAGAUCCAGCUAAUUAGAGCCGCUUUGAAGGCCUUGUCUUUGGGAACAACUCAAUAAAGGAUUUGUCUUUUUAACUCUGGAUCCUCAGGGCACGACCUUGAAGAGUGUGAGGCUUUCAAGUUUGAGCCAGAGCAUUUGGUUCACACUGGCAGCAUUUUGGUAGUGCUCUCGCCUCAGUAUUAGGAAGUAGGGCCUUUGGCUAAAAAAGGGGUUGAAAGGACAAACAACCCGUUCCGAUCUCAAAGAGAGGUCACUUUUUGGGUAGAUAUUUAGGGGGUCCCUUUCUGUAUUUUUGAACAGAUUUGUUCCCCCCCCCCCCCCACCCCCACCCCUAUUUAUAUGUAAAAGAAACUACGUCCGACUGACGUCCCAAGGAAGGAUACAUAGGAAGCCUUUAUCGGGCCUAGUCUGGGAAGGUUGGUAGUUUUAAAGUAGGAGAGUCUUUAUUUUAUGUAAACUAAACUACGAAAGGGCCUAAUUUCCCGUGGAGGGAUACGUAGGCAGUCUACGUAAGACUCGGUCCCUAUAUUAUAAAUAUAUAUUCCCCCCAGUUAAUUCAAAAGAACCAAAAAUACCCGAAACCCCGGUACAAGAGAUCAAUCGAGCAUUUUAAUCAAACAUAUGAUUAUUUAUGUGUUAUGUGCUUUACAUGCCAACUCUAUGUGAUAUCUUCCCUUAUUUAUCAUUGCCUAACAAACUAAUAUCAUUUGCCUUUGAGUUGUUCUUUUCUUAUAGAAAGAGAAAGUUGAUCUAUGUUUACACUGGCAUACUUCACUAGAUCGAAAGCUUUAAUAGCAUCUCUGUCCCAACAAGACCGACGCAAAGAAAAAAUGACUGGUACUUCUGAAGAUGAACAAAACCAGACUGAACUCGCCAUUAGGGAGUCACCCACAUCGGAAUUUCAAGAAUCCUCGCCUUCUAAGGACGUUAUUAAGAUACUAUUUGAGAAAGUUAUUGAUCUCCAAUCAUGAGAGCGAAAACGACCAAUGUUGCCAAAGAGGCGCCCACUAAGAAGGGCCUCCGCCACCUUUGCCAUCUUUAAGCUCAUCGCUACCCGAUCACUUCCUCACCUACCUCACUGGACCACAAUGUCGUUCACCCGAAACUUAAUUGCUGUUGGACACAUUGGUAACUCAUACCAAACCCCCCUACUUCCCAAUGUUGUUCGAAUUCCCGGAACUACUCAUUUAGUUCCCUCCUACCCAACACCAAAAGAUACCUACCCUAGCUCCACUAUACGCCCAGGCACCCUUCCCCUACCAACCGUAAAAGCCACCCGCAUGCCCAAAAGCCACCCCGCAUACCCAACAGUUUCUUUCCACAGACCUAUCACCCUGUUUCUUACCAGAUCAUCAAGAGAUUAACCAUUAUAAAGAGAUAGAAAAGGCGUGGAGAGCCGAGCAAGACAGGCGCGAUAAGGUAUUAGAGCGAAAAAUGAAUUAAAUGUUAGAGAAAUCCACAAGAGCUGCUCGAAAAGCUACAGGUUUAAGCUAUGAUGAUCUGUGCAUGCAUCCGGGUUUGGACUUACCCGAAGGCUUUAAAGUGCCACAGUUCGAAAUGUUUAACAGGAUGGGCAAGGCUGCAGGAUCAAGCUCAACAGGGUUCAUCAGAAAUAAAGAGGACGUUGCAAAAAAUUUCCAUACUCCCAGCCCCAGACCCAAAAGAAAGGAGGAAUUCCAACCUCCGGUGGAAAUAUACUCUUCACCACCCUAAAAUAUCUAUAUACCCGCUCCAUACAACCCGAUACCCGUCUACUAUGGGAAACCUACUUUCCAAACACCACCACCUAACUACCAAGCUCCACAAAAUACUUUCAAAACACCACCCCAAAUUACGAAGCUCCACAGCCAAAUUACUAAACUCCCACACCUGUUUACAGACCUCCACAAAACAACCCACCCACAAAUUACCAAAACCAACCACCACCAAAUGCCUACAAUGCGCCACGUUAGAACUUAAAAAAAAAUCCUACCCGCAUAUUUACCCCAUUAAUGGAGACCCGACCUGAGCUCUUCAAAAGCUUGAGCACCGCCGAGAUGAUCCAAACACUUCCCCAAAUGUCAUUGAUCCCAACAAUCAAUUUUAUCGGGCGGACCAAACAUGCGCUUACCAUUCCAACGAAGUAGGGCACAGUACUGAGGAUUGCAUCAAUCUAAAGUAGAAGAUACAAGACAUGAUUGACAGAAAUGAGAUUGUCCUUUACAUGGUUGAGCCAAAUGUGAACACCAAUCCUUUGGCUAACCACGGCAACAACAUAAUCUACAUGAUCGAAGAGGAAGAGGAUUGGGUCACAGGUAGGCCCGUCAUCUAGGAUUUCAUGCAAGCACUAGAGAGAAUGGUGGCAUCGCUCUCCAUACAGGAAUGCCUAUAGUUCAAAGUACAGAUUCUCACGCCAGUCGUUGCGCACGUAUCUCAAGUAAUGGCAGCGCCACCCAGUAAAGAAUUUAUGGUACAAGUAGUUGUGGCUCACAAAAUGACAAGGUCAGGAAGAUGUUAUACCCCCGAAGAUUUAGCCCAAGGGGCACCUAAAAAAAAGGGAAUAAAAAAAGGACUAUUACUGAGGGUGAAGCGGAAGAUUUCUGGCACCGAAUGCAGCCGAAAGAAUACUUUAUUCUGGUGCAUUUGAAGAAGACCCAGGCCCAGAUAUCUGUACUAGCACUUUUGUUAAGUUCACCCCAGCACCGCUUAGCUCUAAUGAAAGUGUUGGAAGAAGCCCACGUCCCUACCUGGACAAGUAGCGAGAGCUUGGCAGAAAUGGUCGCCAAUGUCAUGGAGAAAUAUCAAAUUGCUUUCAUUGAGAAAGAGUGGCCCAAGGAAGGCACGAAUCACAACAAGGCACUGCAUAUUACAAUUAUGUGCCACAAUAAAGUUGUCACUCGGGUUCUAGUCGACAAUGGGGUUGGGCUCAACAUUUGCCCCGAAUCCACUCCGGUUCAGCUGGGUGACCUUGGGAAGGCUCGUCAGAGCCAUACAAACAUCUGCGUAUUUGACGGAGGUCGCUAUGAUGCCAUUGGAGAAGUUGACCUCAACAUUCAAAUAGGGCCGACCGAAUUCGUCACAGAAUUCCAAGUCAUGAAAAUACCCGCAAAUUAUAACUUGUUACAGAGAAGGACAUGGAUCCACAUGGCAGGAGCCGUUCCAUCUUGACUCCAUCAGUUUUGAAAUUUGUGUGGCAUGACCAUGAUGUUGUAAUCCACAGAGAAGGCAGCAUUCACAAUACCCAGACAAUUCAGUACCUGUUGUGGAAACAGUGCCGAAAGGAACAGACUUCCACCUGAUGGAACUGGUGGGGGUUGCCCAAAAGAUAGACUCCACAGAGGCACUUAUACUGGUAGUCUAUAAAAUGAUUGCAUCAACUAUGCUACAAAAUAGGGUCAAACUGAGGAAAGGUUUGGGAAGGAACUUACAUGGUUUCACAAAGCUAAUUCCCAUUCCCCAAGAUAAUUUCUGCUUCGGGCUGGGGUAUGGUCCAACUGAUGAUAAGGUCUCAAUGACCACUAAGAAGACGAAAGGCGUUGCGAAGCUCUGCAACCCUAUUCCGAAUUCGUACCAGUCAUUCCCAAAUAAAAUGCCUAUGCCGAAUGAUUCAGACAUAGAAGAAGGGAUAGGGAUGCUAUUUCGAGAAGAAGAUUGCUUAGUAAUAUUGGAAGAAUGCACAGAAGCACCCACUAUCCGAGAUGCUGAUCCGAGCAAGCAGCUGUCCAACUGGACCUCUACCCCACUUUUGGAUCUUCGGUAGAGAAAUGAUGAAUUUAUUUUGAAACAACGAGAAUCAGCCGAGGCCCGAUUACUCGCCCUUUUCACUUUAUUUACCUCGUAAUGUUUUCAAAAAUGGAAAUGGCUCGAUGUUGGUCCAAUCAAAGACCACAUUUUGUAUUUUCAUUAUAAUCAAAUUAAUGUAGCCUCGAAUUAUGGGAAAAUCAAUUUGCAUUUGCUUUUAAUUUUCUAAAUUUCAUGUAUGCGUUUUAUACUAACCUCACUUUGCCUUGAUGUUUCAGUAAUAGAAAUAAUAAAGCAACCCUAAAUAUCAUGACAUGUUGAAAAACGAAUGAGUCCAACGGUAUAGAGGAGGAGCAAUAGGAAGAAUAUGACGAGGAAAUAAUGGUACCUGAGGGUCUAGUAGAAGAGGUAAAACAAUUGGAAAAUGAACAAAAACGGAAUGUGGAUGAAACUGAGGCUAUCAACCAAGGUGAUGAAGAGAACAUCAAAGAAACUAGUAUAAGUGCGUAUUUAGAGGCACCCCAAAAGGAAGAAAUGAUAAGUCUACUGAAAGAAUAUGUGAACAUCUUUGCAUGGUCAUGCGCUGACAUGUUGGGAUUGAGAACUAGUGUAGUGUUCCACAGGUUGCCCAUCAAUGCGAGUUUUACACCCGUGAAAUAGAAAAUCAGGCAGUUCAAGCCGGAUCUUAGCAUCUACUUAAGGAUGAGGUAGAAAAACAAAUCAAGUUCAGGGUAGUAGAAGUGACCUUGUACCCUACAUGAUUGGCCAACUUAGUGCCAGUACCCAAAAAGGAUGGAAAGAUACGAAUAUGUGUGGAUUAAGGGGACCUCAACUAAGCCAGUCUAAAAGAUAACUUUCCACUCCCAAACAUCCACAUACUCAUGGACGAUUGUGUCAAGCAUGAACUAAAGUCGUUUGUGGAUUGUUUCGUUGUAUACCACCAAAUUUUAAUGGAUAAAGAGGUUGCGGAAAAGAAAGCUUCCAUCACUCCAUUGGGGGGGGGGGGAGGUUGUACCACAAUAGGGUAAUGCCGUUUGGCCUCAAGAAUGCCGGUUCUACUUACACAAGAUUCAUGACAUGAUCCACAGGGAAUAGAAGUAUACAUGGACGAUGUCAUCAUUAACUCAAGAGAUAGCUCGGAGCAUACCACACAUUUGAGGAAAUAUUUUGAAAAACUCCGAAAGUUGAAUCUGAAACUGAACCCUGCUAAGUACGCAUUCGAAGUGCUCGCUGAAAAAUUACUUUGGUUAAUAGUUAGCCGAAAAUGCAUAGAACUAGAUCCGGCCAAUUUCAAGGCAAUCUAAGAGUUACCUUUUCCUAAGACCAAGAAAGAGGUCAUGAGCUUCUUGGGAAGGAUGAAUUACAUUGGACGAUUCAUAGCCCAGUCCACCUUUAUUGUAGAGCCCAUACUUAAGCUCCUAAAGAAAGACGUGCCCAAAAAAUGGACAAAAGAGUGUCAAGAAACUUUCGACACCAUCAGGAAGUAUCUGUCCAAUCCACCAGUUUUGGUACCUCUCAGGCCAGGGAGCCCACUUUUGCUAUACUUGACAGUUUCGUAAAAUGGUUUUGGGUGUGUGUUAGGACAACACAACGAAACAGGAAAAAAAGAACGUGCCAUCUAUUACCUGAGUAAGAAAUUCACUGCCUAUGAGGUGAGAUAUACACUGGUGGAAAAGACUUGCUACGCCUUAAUAGGGGUGGCCCAGAAGUUGAGGCAUUACUUAUCGUCAUAUACCACCCACCUCAUAUCCAAGAUGGACCUACUGAGGUAUAUCUUCUACCAGCCCAUGCCCAUCGGGAAGUUGGCCAAGUGACAAAUGUUGUUAAGUGAAUUCGACAUUGUAUGCAUAGCGCAAAAAGCCGUCAAAGGACAAGCCUUGGCUGACCUACUAGCUGAAAGUCCCGUGGAUGGGGAUCUCGAACCCCGUCGAACUCAUUUCCCAGAUAAAGGAGUAUUGACCAUAGAAGAAGAAACGGUGGAGCCCUACACGGGAUGGAGAUUAUUCUUCGAUGGGGCCGUUAAAUUCAAAGGCUCUGGAAUCGGAGCGAUUUUGAUAUCGAAAAUCGGGCAACAUUACCCAAUGGCCGCAAAGCUCAAAUUUCGCUGUACCAACAACAUGGCAGGAUAUGAAGCUUGCAUCCUAGGCCUCAGGAUGGCAUUGGACAUGGAUGUCAACAAACUACUGGUCACAGAAGACUCCAAUCUCCUAAUCCACCAAGUACAAGGCGAGUUCCACCAAGAAUGAUAACAUCUUUCCAUACGUAAACCUAGCACAAAGAUUGUGCAAAAAGUUCAAGAAUAUAGAAUUCAGGCAUACGCCAAGAGCUUAGAAUGAUUUUUCCAAUGCUUUGGCCACCAUAGCAUCGAUUAUUCAGCAUCCCGAAAGUAGUCACAUUGACCCGCCAGAAAUAAGUCUGAAAGAAGAGCAUGCCUAAUGUUCCCACAUGGAAGCAAAGCCAGACGACAAAUCAUGGUACAACGACAUCAAGAUAUAUUUGGAGAAGCGGGAGUAUCUUGAAGGUAUCACAAGUAGCCAAAAGAAAAUCAUCCGAAGAAUGGCCAACCGUUUCUUUCUGAACAAAGAAAUACUGUACAAACGGAAGCCAGACCUGGGUUUGCUCGAUGUGUGGACGCUAGUGAUGCCACGAAACACCUGGAAGAAGUACAUACUGGGACCUGUGGGCCCCAUAUGAAUGGUUUCGUGCUAGCCAAGAAAUUCCUCAGAGUGGGGUAUUACUAGAUGAUAAUGGAAAGUGAUUACUGCAAUUUUGUACAAAAAUGCCAUCAGUGUCAGAUCCACGGAGAUCUAAUCGAAGUCCCUCCAAGCGAACUUAAAUCCAUGAGCUUACCCUGGCCAUUCAUCGCUUGGGGUAUAGCCGUCAUUGGGCCCGUCUAGCCUAUUGCUUCAAAUGGGAAUCUAUUCAUUCUGGUUGCCAUUGACUACUUCACCAAAUGGGUAGAAGCAACAUCACACAAAUCAAUGACGAAGAAAGUAGUAACUGAUUUCGUGCGAAACAACAUCAUAUGCCGCUUCUGCAUACCCGAGUCCAUCAAAAUGGACAACGGGGCAAAUAUGAAUAGUCACUUGAUGAAGGAUACCUAUGAGCAGUUUAAGAUCACUCAUCGAAUCUCAACGGCCUACCGUCUACAAAUAAAUGGAGCCAUAAAAGCAGCCAACAAGAACAUCAAAAGGAUAUUGAGAAAGAUGAUAGAAAAUUACAAGGGGUGGCAUGACCAACUGCCAUACACCUUAUUGGGAUACUGUACAACAACCUGAACAUCAACAGGGGCAACUCCGUACCUGUUUGUAGUACCGAAGCAGUCAUACCUGCUGAGGUUGAGAUACCGUCAUUAAGAAUCAUUCAAGAAGCUGAAUUGGAUAAUGCAGAAUGGGUCUGAGCUCGGUACGAGCAAUUGACUUUAAUUGAUAAGAAGAGGAUGGUUACCGUAUGUCACAGUCAACUAUACCGACAAAGGAUGGCACGCGCCUUCAACAAACGAGUCAGAGCUCGACUUUUUCAAAUAGGACAAAUGGUGCUCAAGAGAAUAUUCCCGCACCAAGACGAGUAUAAAGAGAAGUUUGCUCCUAAUUGGCAAGGCCCCUAUGUGGUCUGCAAGGUACUCUCUGGAGGAGCGAUGGUGUUAGCAGAAAUAGACGGCCAAGGGUGGCCCAAGCAGAUCAACUCAGACACAAUCAAGCGGUACUACGCAUGAAGACACGCCUUUUCAAAUGUAAUAGUUAUGUAUUUGCUUGUAAUAGUUAUUCCUUUGCUUAUAAUCGUUGUUGACAACUAAUUUUUGAUCUCCCGUAAUUUAUUUUAAGUACUCAGA